CCACCCGCCCUGAACGGCACCACCUUAAUAAAAUAAAUAUCACACAAAAAUAAACCAAAUUUAAAAUUAAAAUGAACAUUACAUCGGAAAUUGAAUCGGAUACAGCGACUGUUCUAUUUUCAAAUUAACAACGAACAUAAAAGUUUUAAAUUUCGAACUAUCGUGUGAUUCGCUGUUCAAAAUGAUUUGUGUUUUAGUGUUGGCAUUGUUGACAACUCUCGCAUUAUCGGCACGGGAGCCGCGUCAAAUUACUCUUGCGGAUCAAGGAACAAUAUCUGGAAUGUAUAUAACGAGAUUCCGAACAAAGAGAAUAGCUGCGUACGUGGGUAUACCAUACGCACAGCCCCCGCUUGACUUCAGAAGGUUUGCUCCGCCCGAGUUUACGGACCUUCCAAAAUGGGAGGAAGUUAGAAAUAUGACAAUAUACGCACCUGAUUGCAUGCAAACCGACCCGAAGGGGGAAGAUGUGCAGAAUCCAUUGCCGAAACACGACGAGUUGUUCAAUAAAUUGUUGGAAUCUCAACUAGAGGAGCCGAGAAAGAAAGAGUUUUCUGAAGAUUGCUUGUAUUUAAAUGUUUAUGUGCCAGAUGAUUUCAAAGUGGAAGGCUAUCCGACAAUGGUGUGGUUUCACGGUGGGAACUUUGUCCGAGGCAGCCCCAAUAAUGUAAAUCCGUUCCAUCUUGUGUUGAAGCAUAAGGUCAUUUUCGUUUCUGCUGCAUAUCGAUUGAACAUUUUUGGAUUUUUCUCAUCAUUAGAUAAUGAAUCUCCUGGAAAUUAUGGAUUGCUCGAUCAAGUAGCAGCUUUAACUUGGGUCAAGAAUAAUAUAGAAAGUUUUGGUGGUGACCCUGAAAAUAUAUGUAUCUUCGGUCAUGAAGCUGGUGCAGUAAGCGUUGGUCUUCAUUUAAUAUCUUCUCAUUCUUCCGGACUCUUCCAAAAGGCUAUAGCCAUGAGUGGUAAUGUACUGUCACCAAAUACAGUCAACACAGUUAGCAAAGAACUUCUCACAGUAGACAAAGUAGCUAGUGCUUUCGGGUGCUAUCGAAAACCAACAAUUCAAUUAUUAGAUUGUCUAAGAAGAGCAAAUUAUCAGGCUCUAUUAGAUGUUGGUGGACCAUUGGCUGAAUGGGGCCCUAUUGUAGAUGGUUCUUUUAGUAAUAGUUCGAUGUAUGUACCGUUUUUACCUGAUUUACCGAGCAAAAUGUUCAAAAGUGAUAUUUUUACGCCAAUACCAGUUCUAACUGGUUACACCAAUAUGGAAGAUGCUCUCCGCCUUCACAAAGAGGAUGAUAAAAAUGAUGGUUUAAGCCCUAGAGAAUUUGAGGUAAUGCGUGAAGAAAUAAUAUUAUCAGAUAUAACAAUAGAUAAUAGUUCUUGUUUCACAAACCAACACCAUAUACAGGAUGCAGUAGCAUUUUUUUACAAGCCUAUACCACCUACUACAAAUGAAACUGUUUUGCGAAAACUCUUUUUGGAGUUUUACACUGACAAAGUACACGGAGCUACUACUUAUCAACUAGCACAAUUUCUUAGUAAGCAUUCACCUGUGUAUCUAUAUAGGUUUGAUUUGAAACCUUUUUCGGAUAUAGCUAACGAAGGUAUACCAGAAUGGAUAGCAGUACCUCAUAAUUUUGAUUUAACAUUCACUUUUGGCUUGCCCCAUUUAGCUUUACCUGAAGAUUUUGCUAAAUGGGAUAUCAGGGAUAAGAGUAUUUCUGACGUUAUAAUGAAAAUGUGGUCUAAUUUUGCGUGGUAUUCUAAUCCAACUAACUCUGGAGUUAAUAUAAUGUGGGAGCCUUUUGAAAUAGAAAAACCGGGAUAUCUGAUUAUUGAUCGUAAGAACUUCACAAUGAGCACACCAGAGACAGUAAAUUAUAAAGCAUUCGAGUUCUGGACAGACUUUUAUCCUAAAGUUGUUGAAAUUGGAACGAAAUGCUGUAAAGAAAAAGUACUGUUUAUGACAAUCAUAUCAGCGACAAUGGUGAUGGGUCAAAGACCCCAAUUUGCGGGUAGCAGACCCAUCGGUUACCCGGAACUUUAUAACAGAACAACCACCACGCCAGAUGGUCUAGAAGAUCGAUUCGGCGAAGGUACUACACAAAGGCUACCCAUAGAAGCUAAUGGAGAUAGGGACCUUAUAGAUCGCCUUAGCAAACUGCCAAUUGACAAACAACCCUUCUGGUUCAUCAAUUGGCAAGCACUUGAAGCGAAUAGAAAAAAUCCCCAGACUUAUCCUCAAAAACCAAACGUUUUUAUAGAUCCUAUUCCGUUAAGUAAUCAACCGAUUUCUUCAAAUAAUUCAUCAGGGUCCAAUUCUCAAAAUCUGUCAAAUACUGGGUCCAGCUCCCAAAGCAGUAUAGGAUUAAGUUCGAGAAACGGUGAAUCAAACUCCUUGCUUAAUACAGCAUCCAUCUCACAAAAUAAUGGAACAUAUAACCCACAAAUUCCAAUAAGACCAAACUUCAACACUGGAUUCAGUAGUCAAAAUUCGUCUAAUCAUACGCAAAUUUUAAAUGAUAAUUUUAAACAAGAUUCUUCUUCUGUGGGGUCCGCUUCUCAAAUACGAAAUGCUAAUCCGCAAAUUUCAACAGGUUAUUCGAAUGUGAAUGCAUAAAUUACUAUGUUUUUUAUAUUUUAAUAAAUAAUCAUACGAUGAUGAAUUCUGUAAUUUAUUUAACAAUGGACUAACAUCGAUGAUUCGUGAAGAGGAUGCCACUUGCUUUGUAGAAUAAAUUAUUUAUUACUCAUAUUUGUAAUCAAUAAGGAUAAGUAAAACAAAUAUAUGAAAGUAAUAAAACACAUUAUAUUGACUUUUUAAAUAAAUAAAAAAUGAAUUACUAA